GGAACGCCACGUUAGUCCGUUUCGAGUUACCAGUUAAAAAGGUAGCGUUUUACAAUUCUUUCUGAACGAGUUUGUAUUCGCCAUUCGUUGAAUUCUCCAUGAAUUCUCGCGUGCUUUACGUAAAUACCGCGUAGAAUAUUUCGUGUCACUUUGAAUGAACGUUCAAGAAAACCAUCUUCAAAUCGCCAUCGAUGGAAAUUUGGCAGAUCAGAAGCAAAACAGUGAAGAAAAAUUGAGGAACUAUGUUCGAUGGUGAAUCACGCAUCAGAAAUAAUAUUAUUGUAUGAAAAAAGAAAUCGAAACUUCUAUCGAACUCGCUAUAAAAAAUCUUGCGAACAAAGUACCUCGUCACCUUUACAGAUCAGAAAGCAACUAAUUUGAAGAACAGACAUCUACAUACGUACCUAUACCUGCCAAUUUCUUCGCUAUGAAAGACGAUCAAGAAUUUAACAUUUGGUUUGUGAAAGAAAUGGAGAAAUAUCCAUGUCUGUACAAUCAUCACGAUCCUAAUUACAAUAUUAGAAGCAAGCAAGACGAAGCAUGGCAAGCUGUGGCAGAUUCGGCGUCGAGUCCGGUUGGCGAAUGCAAAGAAAGGUGGAAAAAUUUACGAGCCUCUUUUACCAGACACUUGAAACAUCGAAUUUUAGAAAUGAAAAACGGUAACAAAGGCAAAAAACCAUAUUACUUGGCCGGUCACAUGAAUUUCCUGCUACCGUUCACCAGAGCGAGGAGUUUUCCCGAAGAUAAUCUGAAAUACUACUGCGAUAUAAUUAAAAUGCACGAUAAUCCUGACAACGUAGUCUACCUGGAUUCCGAAGAAGAUACAAAUUACAGCGAAGAUCUCAAGCAUAACGCUGAAGUCGAUAUGUUGAAUGAAGAAAACGACUACCCAAUCAACGAUCAUCAUCUUAUUCUCAACGAAAACGAAAAUGAAAACGACGCACCGAUGGAAGUUUCCAGAAAUCACCGCAUUUACGAUAUGCUACAAAACCUACAAAACAGUAGCAAUACUAAUACUACUAAUGAAGACGUCGAUGAUAUUAAAUUUCAUAAAGAAUCUUUCAAGCUCAAACGUAUCGCCGAAAAUGAACAUGACCAAAGUCCGGAUACGAAGAGACAGAGAAAUAUCGAAAAUGACGCCGAUUUGAAUUUUUUAAAAAGCUUGUUGCCAGAUAUCAAAACGAUGACUGGAAGCCAAAAAAGAAAGUUUAAAAUUAACGUUCUAAAAUUGAUCGACGAAACUUUAGAGCCCUCUGGUCCUAGUACGAGUCAAAGUGGAGCCGGAGACAUUCAAUCUUGAAAAUUUCUCAAGACUUGAGCUUGCUAGUUGCUACCAAUCAAAGAACAAAUUUCAUUUAAUUCGUUCGCGACAUUCCAUUUUAUUUUAUUUUGGAACUUUCACCUUCGAAAAGAGGAAUUUUAUCAAAUGUAGGUACUUAAUUUUUUGUUACUCGCAAAACCUCAGUUUUUUGUUCAUUUAAAAGUUACUCAUUACAAUUUUAUGUAAAAUUUGUAUGUACUACAUAAUAAAGGUUUUUCAUUUCA